UUCCGAUUCUGUGCAAUAAAUUCCCAGACUCCAUGAAGCGAAGGAACAGCCACAGCGUCUGCUACUGAACCAGCUCGGAGGAAGAAAGAGGGACGCUCGCGCACCUAACCUACAAUCCAGAUUACUGGCAACAGUGCCACACUGACUGAUCUGCAGAUCACAUUAGACAUUAUGGACUCAAAAUGGCGUCGGAAAGAUUGGGUUAAGAUCCGCGGUGUCCCAAUGAUCUGCGCUUGUUCUUCAAACUGGGAGAGGAUUGAUAAAUUCCAGGCCAGAGAAAAUGACAUUGUUAUCGCCACCUACCCCAAAUCAGGUACAACAUGGAUGAGCGAGAUUGUGGAUGCCGUCCUGAAUGACGGGGACACAGAGAAGAGCCGGAGAGAUAACAUCCUUAAUAAGGCUCCAAUGCUGGAGUUCUGGGUGCCCGGUGCAAUACCCCCAGGAUCUGAGGUUUUAGACUCUCUACCUUCUCCUAGAGUGGUGAUAACCCAUCUACCAGUCUCACUCUUUCCCAAGUCAUUUUGGGAAAAGAACUGUAAGAUUAUCUAUGUAGCGAGGAAUCCUAAAGACGUGGUCGUGUCAUUUUAUUAUUUCGAUAAGAUGAACCAACUACAUCCGGAGCCGGGGACCUGGGAGGAAUACUUGGAGAAGUUCAUUCAAGGAAACAUGGGAUUUGGGCCAUGGGGAGCUCACGUCAAAGAGUUUGGGGCCUUAAGACAAGAAAGAAACAUCCUUUAUAUGUUCUAUGAAGAUAUGUUGGAGGACCCAAAGAAGGAGAUCCGGAAAGUAAUGACAUUUCUGGGGAAAGAUCUUUCAGACGAUGUCCUAGAGAAGAUUUGUCUACAAACCUCCUUCAAGGCCAUGAAAGAGAACCCAACAACAAACUACACCGCCAUCCCAUCUACUAUUAUGGACCAAACGGUCUCUCCGUUUAUGAGGAAAGGAAUCUGCGGAGAUUGGAAAAAUCACUUCACUGUGUCCCAGAGCGAGAGAUUCGAUGAGUAUUAUCAGAAAGAAAUGUCCGGCACCGAUCUAUCCUUCCGCUUCCUGGUGUGAAUGAGCUCAAGGACACAACCUAGUCUGAGAACGGGUCUACAGAAACCUU